CAGGAAGAAGAUAAACAAAACAAACCAGAGAGGAGGACGGCGUGGAUUUGGCGAGAAAUGACAUUUAAGUUCUCAUAAAGACGAGUGAAAAGAGAGAGCAACGCCUUUUUUGAUAACUGUAAGAGAAAGUUAAAGAGAACAGUGAACAGAGGAGGACAACGCGGCCAUACUUGAAUGUGCGGCUAAGGCCUCCACGUUACAGAAAGGCUCUUUUGUUUUAUUGGUCAAAUCAAUUUUCUGCCAAAGAUUGACAAAAGAACAAGGCAACUGGGGCAGGAGAGGUGGCAGAAAAGUUUCCGCCAAGGAACUGGAGAUCUGUGCUUGGCAAUGCCUCAGCCCAGCAUCAGUGGAAUGGAUCCUCCCUUUGGGGAUGCCUUUCAAAACUACACUUUUGCUGACCAGGCACUGAUCAGCACAGACCUGUUGGCCACCAGCUCUGAUCCAGACUUCAUGUAUGAACUGGACAGAGACAUGACCUGUCGCCAGAGUCCUAGAGGAGACAUAUUUGCAGUUGGGGACUGCAAAGAGUUUGACAGCAUGGAACAUCUUCCAGAACUGGUUGACAAUGACCCAGCUCACAGCUCCAACUUUGAACAGUGGGACACAUAUUGGGAGGACCUGACCAAGUACACUCGCCUCACCAGCUGCGAUAUCUGGGGCACCAAGGAAGUAGACUUUCUGGGCCUGGAUGACUUCUCCAGCCCUUAUCAGGAUGAGGAGGUGAUAGGCCGUACACCCACUUUGGCGCAGCUGAACAGCGAGGAUUCUCAACCUGUGUGUGACACUCUGUACCAUCCAGACUUGUUGCUAAGUCAAAAACAGCCUGUGUUCCCCCCUCAACCGGGGGGCAAGAAGAUGGGCAGGGCCAACACCUCUGCCGCUUGCAGCUCUUCCAACCGCAAUCCUUUGCCGGAUUUUGCUGAAGGUUCCCAGAAGGCCACCUGGCCGGUGCCCUCAAGCACUGAGACUGUGGCAAAGGCCCAGAUGCAAGGAACUAGCAAGGUUGUGUCUCCACAGCCAGACAGCACAGAUUAUGUACGUAAGGCCAAGGUUCGCAUCAGCAUACCACGCAAACCCUUGCUAGAGAGUUGUGCUCAGCAAGUCAACAUGUCUGCCAGCUCUCCACUUGUCCAAGAGCAUGAGACAGCUGCUUCAUUGGUCAGUAAUACCCAAGCAGUCACCAUUGGCACUCCAUCCACUGUAACCCCCAUGGUUUGUGAGAAGAGAGUGGAGAUUCCUAAAAGAGAAGCACCCGCUGGUCCUCCAGAGGUGGGGCCAUCGAGAGCAAUGCCACAAAAACUUCAUUUCCCGGUGGCUGGUGGCAGCGAGACUUUGCUCACCGUGAGCUCCCUUGGAGCCGAUGCCGCUGCCACUGCUGCUGCCGCUGCUGCUGCUGAGAAGAAAAAAGAGGAGGAGCACAACUACUCACUGUUCCUAACCAGGGCCAGACUUGCAGGUAAAGCAUUAACUGACAUGGAAGAAGAUGAGGAGGAGGAAGAAGAAGGAGAGGAGGAGGAAGAGGAAGAAGAAGAGGUAGAAGGGGUGGAUCUGGAUGAUGAAGACCACGAUGAAGGCUUCGGCAGUGAGCAUGAGCUCUCUGAGAACGAAGAGGAAGAGGAGGAAGAGGAUGAGGACUACGAAGGGGACAAAGAUGAUGACAUCAGUGAUGCAUUCUCAGAGCCAGGAUGUGACACUGACAUGGUCGAAGAUGUUAAAGGUCUGACUGCUGGAAUUUCCAGGAAGCGGGGCAAGCGCCGAUACUUUUGGGAAUACAGUGAGCAGCUCACUCCCUCCAAGCAAGAACGAAUGCUGAAACCUUCAGAGUGGGACAGAGACACCCUCCCCAGCAACAUGUAUCAAAAAAAUGGCCUGCAUCAUGGAAAAUACACGCUAAAGAAGUCACGGCGGACGGACGUGGAGGAUCUCACUCCUAACCCGCGGAAGCUGCUGCAGAUCGGGAACGAGCUGCGGAAGCUCAACAAGGUGAUCAGUGACCUGACGCCUGUCAGCGAGCUGCCACUGACCGCUCGCCCUCGCUCUCGAAAAGAAAAGAACAAGCUGGCCUCCAGGGCAUGCAGACUGAAAAAGAAAGCUCAGUAUGAAGCCAACAAGGUCAAGCUAUGGGGUCUUGGCACUGAAUAUGAUCGAUUGCUGUUUGUGAUAAACACAAUCAAGGAGGAGAUUGUGAACAGAGUUCAAGAUAACUCGGAUAACAACGGAACAAGCAUGGCAGACAAGCUUGACAAGCUCAUAGAGGAAACACUUGUGCAGUCACCAGUGGCCGGCCAGACUUCAGACUUUGUGAACCAGAUCCUGGAGAACACUGGCAAGGGGGAUCCUACUGGAGGUUUGGUGGGACUACGCGUGCCCACAUCAAAAGUGUAGAGGCUGUACAGCGAGGUGCCCUGGCGGGCUUUUUGGAGCACACACUCAAAGCCAUCCGCGCCAUUCCUGUCCCACACUGUAACGGCCCGACACUCUGCAUGCCCAUUUCACCCGGAGACGCAUCCUCAUGCUUAACCUGAAUACAUGCAUACGAACACCUGCCGGUCUGUGCAUCCGUAUGUAUAUAUUCACUUUACGCACACCUAUGGAAAUGAAACUAGUAGUUAACCUCUGCACUCAGUAGUCUGUUUCUUACCAUGUGUGCAUGUGGCUGGUUCAAACUUCCAUCUGCAGGCCGCCAUUUCGCGAAUUCAAAAGCCAAUCUACGAGAUACCUCCAGAAAUAGUUUGUCUUUUUUUUUUUUUUUAAAGGGAGGGGGAAAAAAAAGCAACCAGUUCCUGCUGUAGCCAUUUUUUUCUUGCAUCCAGCUAAAUCUGUCAAAUGCCUUUUACCAGAUUCAGAAAGCAGAAGUGUUCUCUGUAAAGAAAUUAUUUAAUGUUAUGGUCAGUGAUAGAAUUGAGGAUUGAAGGAUACGUUACUGAAUAAUGCACACAGUUUUAUUUCCUGAUUCAUGUUAAACAUUGAACAACAAACAAAAACACUUCUCUUCCAGAGCUCUGCUUUCCUUCUCUAGUAUUGAGGCAUUUGCAGACUUAAACAAGAUACACAUUUAUACGCCAACUACAACAAAGUCAAUGCAAAUACAGAAGCAUGGAAUACCUUAUUGGAAAAAUGUACUGCAAAAGAAAUUGAUGCUAGGGGUAUAUAAAUAGGACAGGGAUGCACAGUGACAAUUAGAGAGGAGCCUGGGCUUGGAUGUUUUGUUUCUUUGUCUUGGGGUUGUCUCAGGGUAAAGAGAGAGCGUGAGAGAUUACUGAUUGACCGGUGACAGAUGGUCAAGUUGAAAUCCCAUUCUUGAAAUGGACAGAAACCAUUAUUAUUGUGUACUGGUGACCCCACAAGAAACCAUUUCCUUUACACACUUUGGUUUAAAGUGCCCUCAUGUCAAAUUGCCCUUGACGUUUAUUUGCGAAGUCGCACUGAAGGGGCUCAAAAGUUGAUUCCCAGACUGGGUCUUGUUCAUAUUUGUACUUUAAUAAAAGUAAGAUUCAUUGUGCCUUGUAGACAUGGAGGUGGGGGAAAACGAAACUUGCUCGAAAAAAGAAAACAACAAAAAACGAAAAAAAAGAAAACAAACAAGCGGACCAUUUUCGAGAAGGAGAGCAGCAGCCAGUGCGAGAGAGGUCAGACUUGUGGGUUUGUUAUGUAUUUCGGCUUGACAAAGAUACUCUGAAUGUACAUAGGAACAUGGAGAAUACAGAUUUAUGCCACAGAGUCUGUGCUAUGUAUCAUAAGAUGGCUCUGACAAAUAUUUACUUUACUUUGUUUUUUGUGUGUGUUUAGUUUCUCCUCUUUUGGUACUUCGUUUAAGCGAGAAUGGGUGUGUGAGUGUGUGCAUGUGUGUGUGCGUGUGUGCGUGUGGGGAAGGGGUUGUUUUAAGACAACUAUUCAUGUUAAAUACAAAAAGAAGAUAUUUGCACACUAUAUUCUGAUUGUUUUGUUUUUGUACCAAAGACACAUGCAACGUAAAAUGGCAACUAGCCAGUUUAAGUAAGGUUUUGCACAGCUAACCUGACACCGUAUUGAAUGUAGGAAAGAGGUAGGGUCAGGGAUUUUCAAUGAACUGUGAAAUUCGCUUGGGUCCAAUUAUCUACAGAAAGAAGCAUUCAUUCGCAUCCUCAUAGAGCUCUCUUGUACUGUUCUUCAGCUCUCAAGUAGAAGUGUUGCUCUGGAAACGUUUGCACCCAGUCACUUCCAGCGGUUUGGUUUCCCACCAUCGUAGUUUUGUCAGUUGAACGCUAUUACAAAAAAGAGUUGCAGAGCUGAAAAUGCUUCUGUUUUGCAUAUGUGACAUUAUCACUCAACCCAAAGGUUUACCGUUCUUGCUAUCAUUAAAAAUUGUAGAGGAGAAUCCACACACAACAAUUCUCUAUUGAGUACUUUAUCUUGCAUAUAUAAUAUGUAUAGUCAUGAAUUCAUGCACAUGCACACUUAUAUAGAUCUAUUACUAAAACGACACCUUUUGACUUGCUAUGUUAAUCAGCAUGACUCAUUUCUGUAUCUUUAUAUUCAGCAAGUAUCCUUGAAAUAAGAGAGAAGAAAAGAAUUAUUCUCUAUAUUUUUGUAGUGGUUGCCUUGCUUGUUUUCUGUUUGUUGUUACAAAGGAGACUUUAGAACAUUUUGGAGAAAAAGCUCACCUUACAUGGGGAAACGGACACUUCCUCAUGACAUGGCCGACCUUAAAGGCGUCUUACAUUCACAGAUGUUUUAAACCUGUAGACAGUCAAAAGCUAAGAGAGAACUCGGACUUUUAGGCAAGAAUGCAUUAUAGAGAGAGAGAGCUUUGUAGUCUCACUUUGAUAGCUAGCUGCUGCACCUUCCCACUUGUUCAGUCUGAAAAGCUACUGCAGUUUUUUUCUGCAGAUGUUUGUUGUUUGUAAAAAGGCUCGUUGACAGUCACUUUUGGUUUUUGGUGAAAUUUGUAGAGCUCUUAUUUUUGAUUGAAUCAAAGAAGGGAGAAUAUUUUUUUCCUCCGAAAACCCUGAAUAUAUUUAAGCUUAAGAAUUUUGUACAUCAUAGCAAUUAUCUUUUAUUUUCCUCUUAGGUUUUGGUAGCAUAGUAGAUUCUCUAUAUACCGUCCAUGUUAGAGGCUACUGUAUUGUCAGUGUUUUUUUGUAAAUAGGAAAGAGAUUUAUCUUCUUAUCUUAUAAAUGUUAUAAAUAUAUAUAUUAUGUACAUGUACUAUAUUACAUGUAAAAAACGAAAGCACUUUGUCUACACAAAAAGAAAAAGAAAAAAAAAAAAGCAUUUUUUUCCUUCCAUCUGCUGCUAAACCGGCCUCGUUUGAAUGCUGCAGUGAGUACUUGAUUUUACCAUCUUGACCAGGAAAGGUUGACAGUGAGGUCUUGAAAGGAUGGGCUAACUUUUGAGUCCCCCUGUGUGACGAUGACUACGGCGUCACAAUCUUCAUUUGCCUUCAGAAGACAUUUCCUAUGGAAAAGUGCAAAUUCUGCUUUGGGUUUUUCUUCAGGUCGAUGUACAGUGUUGACGCAUUCUCCCUGGACGUUACCAGUGGCGAAUAUUGUUAUCAUUGAUUUUUUUUUUUUUGUACUUGUACUUAAUGGGGAAAAUCUGAGGUGUUCAAGGAAGCUUUGACUUCUUGUUAGUGACUCAGAAGAAAAAAUAAAUAUAUAUAUAUCGCUGUACUGUAAGGCAAAUCCGUUUGCCAUGGGGGAAUUGAUCGGACUACGUUCCUUUUGCCUUUCCAAACACCCAUCCAUUCUCAAAAGACGACAAGGCUGUAAAGCUUUGUUGCUGUGGCAACUUAUCCCGGCCUUAAUUGUGCCAUUUUCAACUAAAGCUUCUUAGCCUGGCAUUGGCUAUACGUAAUUAUGACCGUUCUUUAAUAAAGAAGAAAAAAGAAAAAAAAAAAAACAAACAACAAAAAGCACUUGAUGGCAAGUGACAAUAAGCACGGGGGGUUUAGGUGGAAACGCAUGUCGUUUAUCUGUCGGUGGCCUGCUGUAUAGGGAGAGUUUGUCUUUGUUUCUUGCGUUGUUUCAGGUUCUUGUAUCCAACAUUUAUGGUUGUGAGUUUUAGACUCUGUGGCAUUCAAACAGUUAAGGAAGUGGUUGUUAUUCAAAGCCAGUAACGUUUUUUGUCUGUUGUUUAUUUUUAAAUUAAAAAGGCAAAAAAAAGUCUAAGCUAAGCUAUAAAUUCAAUUUAUACACCAUGUGAAUUUAUAUUUAGUUCAGUUCAGGAUAUAUGAGCUGAUAAGGGGCCUCUGCUGCAAAUCAGGGUAAUCUGAGAGAAAUUAAUUGAAAUGAAUUGAAAAAUUGAAGUUUUCCAGUUUGGGGGAAAUAAUUUGAAAAUAUGAAUUCACACAUUAUUUCAAGCUCUAAUAUAUCUAACAUACCAGUUGAUAUUUUUUUAGUACAGUGCACAUUUAUUUAGCAUGUACUCAAACAUCAUUGUACUUCAUACUCCAACAUGUAAUGAUACUGCUUUUUCAAAAGGGAAAUGACAUUGCUUUAUUUCUGAUCCAACUGGCAGUUCCUUUUAUUUGUUUGAUUUAUCUGUUUCUUUGCUUUUUCUUUAUUUUAUUUGCAUAUUAUCCUAUUAUCCGUUCACUUUAAACAAUAACUUACCAGAUUACAUUCUUAAAAAGAGUAAGCUAGCUAUUAAAUCCAAAUUCUGCUUCUAUUUGUCUGCACUAUAUUGAUAAUUAAAUGAAUGUUGGGGUUAAAGCUGCUUAAUCAUGUUGUAUAGAAAAUCAGUAAUCAUUCCUUGUUGUAUUCGACUUGUAUGUGUGUGCCCACUCCUCGAGCUACUAGCUAAAAACAUUUUUUUUAUUGUUCAUCAAGAAAUUACGCAUUUGCCACUGUAUUUGUACAAACAGCAAGUUCACCUAACGCACUUGGAUCUCAAUGGAAAAUUACUGAAACAUUUUCUUCCAAAAUUUUCCAAAAUGGCUACAGUACACAUUCAAGAGGAGACGUACGUGCAUUCAUAUGUGUUUCCUUUUCGUUUUGUAUCGUUUUGGCAUGCCUAUAUAUAUUUUUUUUUUUAAAUAUGUAAAUAUGUGCGUGUUGUGUAUGUAAGAAACAUUGCUCUCAAUGGUGCACUAUGCAGGUCUUACUUCCUGUAGUAAGAUGGGAUGUUGCUUUAGUUUUCAGCUUUCCCAAUUAAGAGGCUUGUGCUUAUUUUUUUACCAAGAAAUUUUAUCUUGAUUAAAUGGAUAAAGUCUAAACAUUGUUCUUUUAGGUGGCCAUAACUUGCUAUUCAAAAUGUGUUUAGACCAUUUGAGAUUUCAAGAGGCGGCCUGUCUUAUUGUUGCUAAAAAAAUAAACAUGCUCUUUCCAGUGUAUUUAACCUAUUGGAUGCUGUAGUUUUGUCCAUUUGGUUGGUUGUUCUAUGUUUGGAGCUGUCACUUAUGGACCUUUACCAAGCACUCUGCCAUUUUCUGUUUUGUUUUUUUGCUUCUUUUUUUUUUUGUGGGGGUUACUCUGUAAUACCUUUCAUAAAAGUUGAGCGUUCUCAGUAGGUACAAGAGUAACAGAUUAGAGACUGUCAUUGGUUUAGAGUUUUGUAGAAGCAUGAACUGACGCAUUCCUCAAACUUUUGCUUCUUUGCUCGUAAACGUCCUGUUAAGAAGGCUUUACGCUGUACCUCUUUGGUAAUAUUUGAACAUGUUGAUGGAGCACUAUGACGAAGUAUGAAUAUACAUAAGGCAUUACUACUGUGCAUGCUGACCUAACUCAGUUGAUAUAUUUUCACACACAGAUAUCUAACUGACCAUCCAACAAGCCUGUGUUAAGGUCAUUAUUUGCAGGAUAUAUACCUACUGAUUGAUUCAUUGACCUAAACCAAUGAGCACAAGGGGUGAAAAGAGGUGCCACACAUACUUUGGUGAGGAUAAAACUCCAUAGUGCUCCAGUCCUACAAGCCGAAAAAGACCCACGUUGCACUUGGUUUUACAAAAAAGAGAGUCAACAUUAUUUUUGAAAUGAUGCCUGCAAAAUCAGGUGCCUUAUUCAAACAGAUGAAAAUCCACUUGAUCUAUUGACAUUUUUUAUGGAAACAAGAUUUCUGCCCAUUAUGCCAAGAACUAAAACAUGAUUUUGUUUUAUCUUUUCUUUUGGUUGUCGAACAGCAUCGAGCAGUGAGCUUUUUGCAGAUGAGAACUGUUGCUGCUUUGCCUCGUACAGUUUUCAUGUAAAGAUGAAUGUAGUCUUCCUUCAGUGGAAUCAGUUCAAACUAAGUUCAUACACUUUGAUUUGUGGAACAUUUUGGUUGAGAGACUAUCCAAAGAGUGCUGCAGUCAUGAUGUAGACUCAUUUUAGACAUGUUUAUAUUGUCAUAUAUGCGUAUGUUUUAUUUUUUAGUUUUUUUUUUUUCUUUUGUAUUUAUGCUCAAAUCUGUAGAUUCUUACACAAGUUUGAAUUGUUUCUGCCUUUGUACUUCUAGAUCUUCACCUUUUACUUGCCAUAACAUUUCCUGUAUUUUUUUAUUUAUUUGUCCUCAGCUCACCAACAAUGAUUUGUAGUGGAAAAUACAUUAUUCCAUAAUAAUAAAGAUACAAGAGAAGGCCUUGCUGAAAUACAUUUAGCAGACCCAUACUGGUGGAUUAGGGACUUCCAUAGGAGCCCUCUAAGGAACUGGUAGAUCAGCUUUGCAAAGACAAUGUCAAACCUUGUAAGCGUUGUGUCCCCUCACCAAUGUUCAAGAUUACUGUGCCUCUCAAAUUUUCUGGUUCUGCUGUUCCUCAGAUUGCUGGGUAAUGACUUUUCUUGGAGCAGUAUCAUUCAUUCACCAACAAACAGAGAUGGCCUUCAGCAGUUGUUCUCCAAUGAACAAAAUCAAAGUUUUCUGAAAACACACAAACGACACACAGAGAGGUGCGCAUUGUUUGACCUAGAUCUAUCCGAGACCGAGUUUCAAUCAAUGGAGGGCGGGAAGCAGAGGACUGUCGCUGGUUUCGGGGCUGAUGUUUUUUGCACUAGCCAGCAACAGAUUAAACAAAGCAGACGUUUGCGCGGGCUGGAGGGAGCGUGUUUCCUUGUAUCCAAUCACCUCUGUCGAGAAGCAUUGAGUCUUCUCCCAAUAGUUGCUGCCGCAUGGCUCCCUCCAUCUCACCGGAGGGAGAAAGCUCUUCGUUUCAGUGAGUUUAAAUCAAAACUUGGACAUUGGGUAGGAGUCCCGUCUCACCGCCCAUGGUGCUGAAUUUCAAAAUACGUACUUGAACACCCUCAGUGGCAUGAGAGCUGUGACUUAGCAUCUGUUGUCAGGCUCAUGGACUUUGCCCCCCAUCUUGCAAGGAACUGUGCUUGGACAGUGGCCACUGUGACAUCAACUCAAGCCGCUGCAACAGCCGUGCCAAGGCCUCGCGCUCUCAAAAAACUAAGGGCGACCAUGUCGGACUUGGACUGAACCUGUGGUCGGGUGGGAAAGGGGUGUGUAAAUGUAGCGGUGAUAGCUUUUUUUGUUUGUUUGUUUGUUUGUUUGUUUUUUUACUUUGAGGAGGACAUGGAGAGCUAGUAGGGUCACCUGGACUGUUGGGCCCAGAUCUCUCAACUUCGCACUGAAGUGCACUGGACACGUUCAGACGACUACCACACAACACGGCGUUCCCGAUGAUGCUAACAGCCCUUGUACCUUUUCCGAGCACCACACACAAAAUACACACAAACACACACCAUUACACUGCAAUGAUUUACAUCUCCUUCCAAACUUUUUGCCAAAUUUCCAUUGAGUUAGAGCUAAUAAUUGACCUUCGACUUUUUGGGUGUGGUUCUCAAAAAUGAGGAACAACCUGUUUUUGUUUGUUUUGGAAAAUCCAUACAACGUUCAAUUUUACGACGACCGAAAGAAUUCAAACCCAUUUGAAAAGGAAAAAAAAAGCUACACAAUCCAUGACCUUGAUGUAAUGCUUCUGAUGUUGUAUGGUAUUCUACUAGAUAAUUUAGCAUGGGAUCUUUAAGUAGCUAGUACUGUGUGUGUACUCCCCAAGUGUAAAAUUUCUCUUUUUGUCACAGUAGGAAGGCUGUAUUUCAUUGCUAAGUGCUCUGUUAUAGAUCUCUUGGUGAUAUUCUUAAGCAAAAUUCUGCAGUGUAUCCUACUGAAACUAACAGUUACUUGAUCCUAUUAGCAAUGUCUAUAUUUGUAGUUCACAUAUAUGCCUGUUCAAAUACAAUAUCUUGACAGUUGUUCUAUUUAUGUUUCAAUGUUGUGCUGGGUUUAUACUUUUGACUUUCUCUCUUUCUCUUAUUUUUGUUGUUUUAUUAUUUUUAGAGGCACAAUUAGUUGGAAAACAGCUUGGUUAAUUGAGCCUUGUUAAUGUACAGAUGUGAAGUAGGCUUAAAUUCAGUUGUGAUCGACUUUUGAACAUGUGUCUGCUUGUGCUAUUGUGCCUCUCUUUCUUUCUCAUUUUGUAUUAUCCUUACUUAUGUCACUGCAUCGUAUCAGCCCGGAGUUGGUACCACAAUUUUGCUUGUAACCAUGAUAGUCUAAUUCUAUUAUUGAUUUUAAUAUCGGAAAUAAACAUUAGAAACAGCAGCA